CAAGAAAUGAUGCUCAUAGCAAUUAUCUUCAUUGUCUUAACUCUUUUUCUCGGCCAUCUCGGCCAUCAUUGGUCUAGAAACAGGAAUUCCCUGGUGACAAAUUGGCCUGUACUUGGAAUGCUUCCAGGGCUAUUUUGUAACUUGGAUCGAAUUUUUGAUUUUUUCACCCAUGAUAUUCUUGAUUUGUGUGGGGGAACAUUCAAGUUCAAGGGACCUUGGUUUCCUAGCUUGGAUUUUGUGCUCACCAGCAAUCCCAUGAAUGUCAAUUACAUAUUGUCCAAAAAUUUUCUCAACUACGAAAAGGGUUCAGAGUUCAGGGAAAUUUUUAAGCCCUUUGGGGAUGGAAUUGUCACUUCAGAUUCUGAUUCGUGGAAAAGCCAGAGGAAGAGUUUGCAUUCAAUAAUGCUGAAGAACAACAAGUUUGUAAACUACCAAGACAUAGUCUUCAGGCAGGUGCUGGAGAAAGGUCUAAUCCCAGUUCUUGAACAUAUAGUGCAACAGGGAACCGAGAUGGAUCUUGAAGAUGUUCUUCAACGGUUCGACUAUGACAAUAUUUGCUUGUUGGCUUUGGGAUUUGACUCUAAAGCUCUGUCUGUUUCAUUCCCUGAAGUUCCAAGCAAGGCGGCAUUCAAUGAUAUAGAGGAUAGUUUGAUGUGCAGGUAUUUGAUGCCUGUAAUCAUCUGGAAGCUGCAAAGAUGGCUGCAAAUAGGUGAGGAAAAAAGGUUGAGUAAAGCUAUGAAAAUAGCUGAUCAUUUUCUUUACGACUGCAUUUCCUCGAAACGAGAAAAGCUGAGAAGCAGAAACAGAGUUGAGGAAGAUGAAUUCGACUUGUUGACAGCUUUGUUGGUCGAACAAGAAGGAGAAAUUUUGACUGUUUCUGGAAAAAUAUCCGAUAAGUUUCUAAGAGACACUGCAUUCAAUUUCAUGGCAGCUGGGAAAGACACUAUCAGCGCAUGCCUGUCUUGGUUUUUCUGGCUUAUUGCAACAAAUCCAUCUGUAGAAACCAAGAUUUUACAAGAGAUCAAAGCCAAUUCUCCAACAAGUAAAGACAGGAACAUGAUUCUGUUUUUCACCGGGGAAGAACUUAAUCAAUUCACUUACCUACAUGCAGCCUUGUGCGAGACAUUAAGACUUUAUCCACCAGUACCUAUCAAUCAUAAAAACUCAAUCCAACCAGAUGUUCUUCCCAGUGGUGAACAUGUUGAUGGAAACACGAGGAUCUUGGUUUCUUUCUAUUCCAUGGGAAGGAAUGAAGAAAUCUGGGGUAAAGAUUGUUUAGAAUUCAAACCAGAAAGGUGGAUUUCGGAGAAUGGAGACAUAUUGCAUGUGCCAACGUACAAAUUUUCUGCAUUUAGUGCAGGGCCAAGGACUUGUUUAGGCAAGGAUAUGAGUUUCAAACAGAUGAAGUUAGUGACAAUCAAUGUACUGUGGAAUUAUCAGGUUGAACUGGUCGAAGGGCAGCCUAUUGCGCCAAGCAAAUCCAUCACACUUCACAUUGAAAAUGGUUUGAAGGUUAGAAUCAAGAAAAGAGAUAUCUGA